CUGCGCAAAUUGGAAAAUGCUUCAAGUAGACAUGACGAUAUAUCGGAACCCGAACGUCCAGAAAACUUUAAUUUUGCGGAAGCGGCGGUGCUUAUUCAAGAUGCUGGUGGUGGUGAUGAUGACGAUGUGCAGAGCGAUCUGCAUGAAGUUGUCGAGAGUCUCGAUGAUCCCUGCGAACUUAUCGACUUCACAAACUACAAGCCCGCAAACUGGAGGAGUCUGCAACUCAAAAAUCCUCAAAAAUCUCCUUCAUUUUUGCCACAGGUUUGCUUUGGGCUUGAUAUAAUGCUUUGUUCGUAA